AUGGCCACCGCAUCCACUUUCUCGGCGUUCGAUGCCCGCUGCGGCGACCUGCGUCGCUCAGCGGGCUCCGGGCCCCGGCGCCCAGCGAGGCCCCUCCCCGUGCGCGCUGCCAUCGCCAGCGAGGUCCCCGUGGCCACCACCUCCCCCCGGCCCGGGCCCACAGUUUACAGCAAGCUGGAUAAGGCCCACACCCUGACCCCGGAGCGCAUGGAGCUGAUCAAUGGCAUGUCAGCCUUUGCUGAGGAGCGGAUCCUGCCCGUCCUGCAGCCCGUGGAGAAGCUGUGGCAGCCCCAGGACCUGCUCCCGGACCCCGAGUCCCCCGACUUCCUGGACCAGGUGGCAGAGCUGCGGGCCCGCGCCGCCAACGUCCCCGACGAUUACUUUGUGGUGCUGGUGGGCGACAUGAUCACCGAGGAGGCGCUGCCCACCUACAUGGCCAUGCUGAACACCCUGGAUGGCGUGCGCGAUGAGACGGGGGCGGCGGACCACCCCUGGGGCCGCUGGACGCGGCAGUGGGUGGCCGAAGAGAACCGCCACGGUGACCUGCUCAACAAGUACUGCUGGCUGACGGGACGCGUCAACAUGAAGGCCAUCGAGGUGACCAUCCAGAAUCUGAUCGGGUCGGGGAUGAACCCCAAGACAGAGAACAACCCGUAUCUGGGCUUUGUCUACACCUCCUUCCAGGAGCGCGCCACCAAGUACAGCCACGGCAACACCGCGCGCCUGGCCGCGCAGUAUGGCGACGCCACGCUUUCCAAGGUCUGCGGCGUGAUUGCCGCGGACGAGGGGCGGCACGAGAUCGCCUACACCCGCAUCGUGGAGGAGUUCUUCCGCCUGGACCCGGAGGGCGCCAUGUCUGCCUACGCCGACAUGAUGCGCAAGCAGAUCACCAUGCCCGCGCACCUCAUGGACGACCAGCAGCACGGGACGCGCAACACGGGGCGCAACCUGUUUGCCGACUUCUCGGCAGUCACCGAGAAGCUGGAUGUGUAUGAUGCUGAGGACUACUGCAAGAUCCUGGAGCACCUGAAUUCCAGGUGGAAGAUUGCGGACCGCACCGUGUCCGGCGACGCCGGUGCCGACCAGGAGUACGUGCUGCGCCUGCCCUCCCGCUUCCGCAAGCUGGCCGAGAAGUCGGCAGCGAAGCGCGCCAAGACCAAGCCCAAGCCAGUGGCCUUCUCCUGGCUCUCAGGCCGCGAGGUCAUGGUCUGA